ACACCGGAAGGUCACACCAUCCCUCACCAUCAUCAGGGGGAAGAAGUGAGGGGUAUAAAAAUUGUGGUUAAAAAGGAAGAAGAGAUGUGUGUGAUGGGUGAUGAUCUGAAUAUAAAAGAAGAUGAAAUGAUGGUGACAAUUACCAAGGAGGAAUCUUCUCUAGAUAUAAGCACAGGUGGAAGCAAUGGAUGGAAUACCUCAAAAGGACUUACUUUAUUUCCUGAAGAUAAUGACAUGGCACAAAAUUCUCCAGAUAUAAGCAUUGUUACUCAAAAUACACAUCAGAAGACUCAUACAAUGAAGUGCUCAUUUUCUUGUUCGGAGUGCGGGAAAGGUUUCAACGGGAACCACGCUCUCAUUAAUCACCAGCGAACCCACACCAACGAGCGCCCAUUUCCUUGUCCGGACUGUGGCAAACGCUUCAAAGUUAAGUUUUGUCUUGAUCGACACUUGAAACUUCAUGAAAAUAACGAUUCUCUGUCCUGUUUAGAGUGUGGCGAGUCAUUUGAAAAGAAAUAUGACCUCCUCGUACAUCAGAGGAACCACGCUGGUAAGGAGGUCUUUCAUUGCAUGGAAUGCCAAAAAAUGUUCUUAAAAAAUAUGACCUGGCUGUCCACCAGCGAACCCACUCGGAAGAAAAGCCAUACUCGUGUUCUGAGUGCUGCAAGUCCUUCAAAAAUAGACGAGACCUCAUUCCACACCAGAGGAUCCACACCGGGGAAAAGCCAUUUUCAUGUUCUGAGUGCGGGAAGUCUUUUACUCACAAAUCUCAACUCAAAACCCACCAGAAGGUCCACACCGGCGAGAAGCCUUUUUCUUGUUCCGAGUGCGGCAAAUCCUUCCCGAGUAAAGGAAACCGCGAUAAACACAUGAGAAUUCACACCGGCGAGAAACCGUUUUCCUGUUCAGAUUGCGGAAAAUGUUUUGCGCAGAAAGUGACGCUAAUGAUCCACCAGAGAACGCACAACACCUGAAAAUCUUAUGGUGCUGGGUCUACCAAUUCUUGGACUGAUCUUAUUUAGUCUAUAGAACGAUAAUGCAAUACAGAUUAGCAGGAGCGUAACUAGAAAUCACAGGGCCCCAUAGCAAAAUGUUGUAUGGGCCCCCUCUGAAAAUGCCCCCCCCUGCCAGU